AUGCAGGCCAAUGGCACUAUGCAUCCUCAGGAUCAAGACCGAGAUCAAACUCAGGCGCGCGAUAGUCGUGCGCACCUAGACUCAUUGUAUGAAGAAAACGAAGAUCCCACUGUGCCAGAGAUCCCAACUCCCAGUACCCCUACCGAGCUCCACACUGCAGACACUCCUACUCCCCCUGAACACCCUCACCACGAACAUGUACACCACUACCGCGGCCACCGUAGGCGGUGUCGCAGUGUCUCUCAUGUCGAUGUAGACUUCUUCGAUCGCCCCGGGCUUAAUCAAUUACGGCGUUCUCUAACCGAGAAAUCGCGGAGGAGACAGGAGAAUAAGGAGGCUGCAGAAGCCUCGCGUCAAGCCGACACGACGUUGUUGACGCUGGCAGAGGGGCCACUUGAUUUGGAGAAUACGGCGAGGAUUAUUGUUGCAAAGUCCGAGGAGGCGGGUAUCACGAGGCGCCAGCUUGGCGUCCUGUUCAGGGAUUUACGCGUAGUCGGCAUCGGCGCGUCUGCAUCCCACCUACCUACGUUAGGCAGCGUACUGAACCCCUUCCUGAUGAUCGAGAGAAUUCAAACCGCACGGCACCCGCCUUUGAAGGAUAUUCUCAGUGGAUUUGAAGGAGUGGUUCGUCCUGGAGAAAUGCUUCUGGUACUGGGCCGCCCAGGCUCGGGAUGCAGCACACUCCUCAAAAGCCUGGCCAACCAACGCGGCGAGUUCCAUCACGUCUACGGCGACGUGCACUACGACUCCCUCUCACCCGCGCAAGUCGCCAAGCACUACCGCGGUGACGUCCAAUACUGCCCCGAAGACGACGUCCACUUCCCCACCCUCACCGUCGCGCAGACGCUCCACUUUGCUGCCACAACGCGCACGCCCCAAUCCAGACCCGCGGGUACGCGCGAGGAACAUGCACAGUUCAUGACAGCGCUGUCGACGACGGUGCUGGGGCUCAGGCACACCCUCGAUACGUAUGUGGGAAAUAAUGCGAUCCGGGGUGUUAGUGGUGGGGAGAAGAAGCGUGUGUCGAUAGCGGAGGCUAUGAUGAUGCGUAGUCGUCUCAAUGCUUGGGACAACUCCACGCGCGGCCUCGAUUCCUCAACUGCCCUCGAGUUCGGACGCGCUCUCCGUAUUAUGACCGAUAUCGUGAAAACCACCACCAUAGUCUCCAUCUACCAAGCCAGCGAGAACCUCUACCAGCUCUUCGACAAAGUCUGCGUCAUCGACGAAGGCCGCAUGGCGUACUUCGGCCCAGCCAACCGCGCGCGGCAGUACUUCAUCGAUAUGGGGUACGGGCCCGCUGACAGACAGACGACCCCUGAUUUCCUCGUUGCUGUUACUGAUGCGAAGGGCCGGAUACCGAGAGCGGGCGUGACGAAUCAGCCCCGGACGCCAGAGGAGUUCGCGGAGUACUUCAGGAAGUCGGAACUUGGUGCGAUAAAUGUGGAGGAUAUGAACUCGUACGACCGGGAGUAUGUGGGAUCCAGUCAGAGGGCGGAGGCGUAUAAGGAAAGUGCGAGGCUGGAACGUGCGAAGACUGCUAGGAAGACAAGCCCGUACACGAUCUCCAUCCCUAUGCAGGUUCGCGCGGUUAUGGUUAGGCGCGUGCAGAUUUUGAUGGGGAACAAGACGGCUACUAUAAUGAAUCUCGCGACUUUUGUGUUCCAAGGUAUCAUCGUUGGCACCGUGUUCCUCAACAUCCCUGAAUCGACAGAUGCAUACUUUUCGCGUGGUGGUGUCCUCUUCUUCGCCCUUCUGUUCUCCGCUCUUACAAGUCUUGCCGAGCUUUCUGCUCUCUUCCAGCAACGGCCCAUCGUCUCAAGGCACCAGAAGGCUGCAUUGUACCACCCCUUCAUCGAAGCCGUCGCCCUCACCAUCGUCGACCUGCCUAUCACACUCCUCACUACUGGGAUCUUUUCGAUUCUCCUGUAUUUUAUUGUUGGAUUGCAAACGUCCGCCGGCCAAUUCUUUGUGUUUUAUCUGUUCCUAGUCAUCAUGGCGUUGACGAUGAAAGCCUGGUUCAGAGCUAUCGCUGCAGCCUUCAAGUCCCAGGCGACAGCGCACUCUGUUUCUGGUAUCGUUUUGCUUGGGCUUGUCAUCUAUACCGGUUACACUCUCCCGAAGUCGUCUAUGAUUGGCGCUCUAAGGUGGAUUACCUACAUCAACCCUCUUCGCUAUGGGUUUGAAGUCGUGUUGUCCAACGAAUUUCGCACUUUGAAUGGGCGAUGUGCAAACCUUGUGCCGCAAGGACCCGGCUAUGAAAAUAUAUCAAUUGAUAACCAAGUGUGUGCUACAGUCGGUGCGGUUGCGGGGCAAAACACCGUCAAUGGAAACGUGUUCGUUGCAUUGUCGUAUGGAUACUCGUACUCGCACACCUGGAUGAACUUUGGUAUCAUCCUAGCCUUCGGGAUUGUUUUCAUCAUUGCACUGCUCGUCUUCUCCGAAUUUAACACCGCUCUUUCGACGGAUACCUCCGUCGUCCUUUUCAAGCGGGGCACUGAAGGGGCCUCUAACAUCGCGAAAGGCGAUGACGAGGAGAAGAAUAAAAAGUCAAACGGCAAUACCAGUGGCAUUGCACCCUCGACGACAGAAGAAAGCAAACGUGGCUUCGCCAAAGCUGAGGAGAUGAAACAUAUAUUUUCUUGGCAAAAUCUCAGUUAUACGGUACCCGUGAAGAAGGAAGGCACUCGAAAAUUGUUGGAUGAUGUCUCGGGAUAUGUUGCUCCAGGCAAGCUCACGGCGUUGAUGGGCGAAUCGGGAGCCGGAAAGACUACCUUGCUUAAUGUUCUCGCCAAACGAAUCUCUAUGGGCGUAGUUACGGGCCACGAAUUUGUCAAUGGACACCCUCCGCCUGCAGAUUUUCAGGCGCAAACAGGAUACUGUCAGCAGCUGGAUACCCACGUUCCUACGGACACCGUUCGUGAAGCCCUCCUUUUCUCAGCGAAGCUCAGGCAGCCUGCUUCCGUGCCACUGUCAGAGAAAGAAGCUUAUGUCGAAACAUGCAUUAAAAUGUGCGGCUUAUCGGCGGUCGCCGACGCUUCCGUCGGUUCACUGGGUAUUGAGCAUCGCAAGCGAACUACAAUUGCAGUGGAGUUGGCUGCGAAGCCCAAGCUACUGCUUUUCCUCGACGAGCCCACGUCUGGUCUAGAUUCUCAAAGUGCCUGGGCAAUUAUGGCUUUUCUCCGUGAUUUAGCAGACCAUGGACAAGCCAUUUUGUGCACGAUCCAUCAGCCAUCAGCAGAGCUCUUCCAAGUAUUCGACCGCCUGCUGUUACUCCGCAAGGGCGGGCAGACGGUAUACUUCGGUGACGUUGGUCAAAGAGCUAUCACUUUGAUCAACUACUUUGAAAGGAACGGGUCGCGGAAAUGCAGUGACGAGGAAAACCCCGCCGAGUUCAUGUUGGAUGUGAUCGGGGCUGGCGCGAGCGCUACGGCCGAUCAGGAUUGGCAUGCCAUCUGGGAGAAGUCCCCUGAAGCCCGGGAAGUGCAGAAGCAAAUCGAAGACAUCCAUGCGGAGGGUAGACGUAAAGGUGCCGUCGAGGCCACUGUUAAUGCCAAAUUUGCGACCUCCUGGAUGUCUCAAACUAAAGAACUCCUUCGUCGCGACUUACGGAACCAUUGGCGUGACCCCACCUACCUUAUGGCCAAAUUCAUUUUGAACAUUUCGGCUGGGCUCUUCAUUGGAUUCACUUUUUUCAAAGCCAAAAACUCCCAGCAAGGAACACAGAACAAACUUUUCGCCAUGUUCUUGGGUACUAUCCUUUCCGCGCCUCUUUCCAAUCAGUUGCAGUCAGCGUUCAUCGCCAUGCGUAAUGUGUACGAAAUCCGCGAGAGGCCAACGAGAAUGUACAGCUGGACAGCGCUCAUCACUUCGCAAGUGCUCGCCGAAAUACCUUGGAACAUCGCCGGCUCGGCCACAUACUUCUUCUGCUGGUAUUGGACCGUCGGCUUCCCCAGCGACCGUGCUGGAUACACCUUCCUCAUGCUGGUUGUUAUUUUCCCCUUAUAUUAUACGACCUUCGGCCAAGCUAUCGCGUCCAUGGUGCCGUCCCCUGAGUUAGGGGCGAUCUUGUUUAGCUUUUUGUACAGCUUCGUGGUAACGUUCUGUGGGGUCCUUCAGCCAUACCGCUUACUUGGCUGGUGGCAAUGGAUGUACCACCUUUCUCCAUUUACCUAUUACAUUGAAGGUAUACUUGGUCAAGCCCUUGGCCGAAGCGCCAUCGUUUGCUCGGAAAUCGAAUAUGUGACCGUCAACCCUCCAGCCGGCCAGACCUGCAGUCAGUUCUUCCAGCAGUACAUCUCCAACGCUGGUGGCUACCUCGAGUUCCCGGACGCUUCCUCUGGCUGCAGGUUUUGCGCAUUCGCCUCCACCGAUGAGUUCCUGUUCUCGGGCUUCAACAUCACGUACGGCCACAGGUGGAGGAACUUUGGGAUCAUGCUCGCGUUCAUUGUUUUCAAUUUCGUGAGCAUAUACUUCCUGUCAUAUAUUUUCCGGAUCCGGGAAGGGAGGGGCUUCGGCUUCGGCUCCCUCAAGGCGCGCUUUGCGCGCCCUCGAUCCGCGAAAUCUGCGUGA